CCAUAAACGGGCGGUGUUGUCACAGCGUCUGCCAUUUUGAUUAGAAGAACCUUGCGCGCAAUAGAUGGUGUCAGCUGGCUCUACAGGAGAUAUCGUAGUAUUUUUAAUCAGCGCUACAUUCUUGUAGGCAAAAUGCUCUCAGCAGCCCAGUUACUCGACGAGUUAAUGGGCCGAGAUAGAAACUUGGCCCCGGACGAGAAGCGGUCCAACGUACGCUGGGACGACGAGAGCGUCUGUCGAUAUUAUCUGUGUGGCUUCUGUCCAGCUGAGCUGUUCACAAACACCCGCUCUGACUUGGGCCCUUGUGAGAAAAUCCAUGAUGAAAAUCUUAGAAUAACGUAUGAGAAAAGCUCCCGGUUCAUGAAGGAGGGUUACGAGCGAGACUUCCUGCGGUAUUUGCAGUCGCUCCUGGCAGAGGUGGAACGGAGGAUUCGCAGAGGGCAUGCCCGGCUGGCACUUUCCCAGGCUCAGCAGAAUGCAGGGGGUCCUGGUCCAUCAGGGAAGAAUGAGGAGAAGGUCCAGGUUCUAACAGAGAAGAUUGAAGACCUAGUUGUACAGAUUGAGGAACUGGGGUCGGAGGGCAGAGUGGAGGAGGCCCAGGGAAUGAUGAAGCUGGUGGAGCAGCUGAAGGAGGAGAGGGAGCUGCUCAGCUCCACCCCCUCGACCAUCGAGAGCUUUGCAGCCCAGGAGAAACAGAUGGAGGUGUGUGAGGUGUGUGGGGCCUUCCUCAUCGUGGGUGACGCACAGUCCAGGGUGGACGACCACUUGAUGGGCAAGCAACACAUGGGCUACGCCAAGAUCAAAUCCACUGUAGAGGAGCUCAAGGAGAAACUACGUCGUCGCUCGGAGGAGCCCCAAGGUGAAAGCCCAGCGCUAAAGAGGGACAGAGAAGACCGUGAGCGUGAGAGGGAGGAAAGAGAGAAAAAGCGCAAAGAGGAGGAAGAGAAGGAGAAGGAGCGGGAGAAGGAGCGUGAAAAGGAGAGGGAGCGCGAGAGAGAACGGGAGCGUGAGAGGGAGAGAGACAGAGACAGAGAACGGGACAGAGAUAGAGAUAGAGAUAGAGAUAGGGACAGGGACAGGGACAGGGACAGGGACCGGAGAUCACGGCGAAGCCACUCCAACAGCCGCCACUCCAGUCGCGCAUCGGACAGGAAAAGGAGCCGAUCCCGAGAUCGCCGGAGGUCUCGGAGCAGAGACAAGGACAGAGAGAGGGAACGCAAACGCAGCAGGAGCCGGGACAGGGAUAGGGAAAGGGACAGAGACAGGGACAGGAGGCGCAGCCGUGAUCGCUCUGACAGAAAGCGUCGGUCCCGCAGUCGCGACAGGAGGAGGUCGCGCAGCUCAGAGCGCAAAUCUCACCGCCAUCGCAGCCGCAGCAAGGACAGGGACAGAGAGGAGAAGAGAGACAAGGAUGGAGAGCGGUCAUCAAAAGACAAAGACCGUAAGGGGACGGAGGAAAGGAGCAGCUUUAAGAAAGACAAGCACUCUGACGGCGACGCAGCUGCCAUCAAGGCUUCGUCCGAAGCGGAACCGAUGGAGACUGAGGUGGCUGCCUCUGCCUCUCCUCUGCUUAACGGCCAGCAAGAGCUCCUCCAUUCUGAAGGUGACACUCAGUCCAAUUAAAACUGAUCUGAUAGGACCUCAGAUCAGGCUCAGGGGAAGCUGGGAUAUCUGGUGGAGGAAGAAGUGGAAGAGCGCACCCAUCCUUUCCCUGAACCUGACACUACGCUGCUUAAAAACAAGGUGAACCACAAAUGUGUAGUGGCUUAUUUAAAAACAUGAACAUACAUGUGUAAAUGAGGAGAGAGGGGGAAAAAUACAUUUGAUUUCCAUGUUCCAUCACCUGUCUUAUCUUUUGGCUGGAUGAGGGUAGUUGUGGUUCAUCUGAUGUAUUUCUUGGUCUAGAUGUCAGACAGGCAUCACUCUGAAAACCAAACUUAGAGAAGUUCAUUAUGGGUUUUUGUGUUCUUACUUUGAGAAUCUUUACACAUCCUCCUUGUUUCUUGGCAUUUAGUGAAAAUUUAAUAAAAAAAAAUAAAAAAAACAGUGCUUGUGGUUUGUUUUGGUUUGUCAGGUUCCACUUCACUCCUUGACCUUUUUAAAAAGUCAGUUGAAAGCGAAUGUAAAAUGUUAGUCCCAUGGCAGGGCGUGUCUCUUUUCUCCUCCACUUAGAGCUCACAUUGAUUGCUCUUGUCCUCUUACUGUAAAAUAUACUGAUUUUAAUUAUGAUCAAAAGAUUUUGAAGACUGAAGAUUUGUUUAAUUUUGCUCUGCUUUUAUUGUCCUUGUUGUCUCGAUGAAUAAAGAGUAAAAACUUGUC